AUGUUGGGCUUAAGAAAUAGCCAGUUAUAUACGAGUGCGAAUCAAAGUGCCAUGUCCAGUCUUUCACGGGAUGAGAAGUUCGACUACGACGAUGAAGCCUCUGACGAAAACGACGAGCCCGGGACUUCUCUAGGCAAAUUUAGAGCAGAGAAUGGGUUCAGUUUUAAAUCUUUCAUUGACCAGAUUAAUGCUAAGACCAAAGCUCUGGCAAUUGCUCGUGAAUUGGAUGCAAAAAGAGGCAUUAUCCACCAAGAUGCCAUAUCCAGCGCAGGGUCUAUCGAUUCAACUUCAAGCAUUUCUACCGGCACUCAACAAGCACAAGAAUCAACCCAGUCAAGAGCUACAGUGCGGAGAGUCCCAUCAGGCGCCCGAGCAACGACUGCUGAUCCUAAUUUGGGCGCUAGCACUCCUAUGAAAGAUGUGUCUGAAAAUGAGCAUCCUCACAACCAGACCAUCAACGAUCUAAUAGUUCAGUCUACGCCUCUCAACAUGAGCAAAUCGGCUCCCUCUACCCGAAGUACGCAGCCGCGAGAUAUUUUGAAAGAAAAGUUUGUGGAAAGCCACAAAGCUCAAAGAGAGGAUGUCGAAAUGCUGGAUGAUAGAGAGCCAGAGCAAAAGAAUGAAUCUCGCAUCAAAACAUCAACAGUCAUUAGUGAAACUGUUGAAGAUUACCCACGAGAGAGUAGCCCAGACCACAGAGAUCAGAAAAUAAGCGAGUUACAAAGAACCGUAAAGAUACAGGAACAAGACGCUAAUGAUCUAAUAAAAAAUGUCGAAGUCAUACAAGAGCAACUUAACGCUCAGCAGGCAGUGACAGAGACGAUGAAAGACCAAAAUGCAAUCAGCAAUGAGGAGCUGCGAAGAAUUAGUGAGCAGGUUUUAUUGAAAGACGCCGAAGUACGAAAGCUCAAAAAUGACAUCGACAUUAUAAAUCUAGAAUCUAAUAAUCGCAUUCAAAAGUUACAAGGUGAAGUCUACACCCUGCAAGACAAUCUCAACACUAGCGAAGUGACCAUAUCGGAACUGCGAAACACUAUCAACUGCUUGCAAAGCGAUAAGGAGGACAUGUCGAAAAGACUUGAGGAACGCAAAAUAGAGGUCUGCAAUCUGAAAGCUCAGGCUGCAAAAGAAAUCGAACAAUGUCAGUCGCGCGAGGCCGAGCGAAACUCUGAACUAGAAAGCGCAAGUGCUGAAGUAAUUUAUUUGAAGGAGAGAACUUCUGCUUUACAAAAUGACAUGGAGGAACAAAGUAAGUCAAAUGUUACAAGCAUUUCCGAGCUGAGAGCAGAAAUAAGCAAUUUGGCAGCACAAAAUGAUUUAUUCAAACAGCAACUGAAUUCGCGAGAUGUUGAACUCUCACGCCAAUCAAAAUCCCAUCAGAACAAAGUGCUCGAUCUAGAAAGAAAGGUCAUGGAUUCUGAGCAAGGCAGAGAAAAGAUUACAAUUCGCUAUGAUAUGCUGGAGAAACAGCAUUCGGAGUUGCAAAACUCGCGGAUUGGGUUAGAAGCGACGAAUACGGACUUGAAAAAUGUUGUCGAUAGGUUGGAAAAGUUAGCUGGUGAACAGUUGCAGACAAUAGGCAAACUUGAGAAGGAAGCAAUGCGCAACAAGCAAGAAGAAACCAGUAGUGUCCUAAGGGCAGAAAAGCGUUCACAGCAGUUAGAAGAGAAAAUACAAAGCCUUGAAGAUUCAUUCAAGGCUAAAGUCUCCGAGGCUGAUGCUGCAGUGCAAGAGAAAAGAUCUCUUUUAGGCUUUCUAGAGAAUAUUACACUAUUCCAAACGCCCCUCGGUAAUAUAUUACUGGAACAGUAUAAUAAGGGCCCAUACUGCACUCAAUUGGACUCGAUGUUUACUUCCGAGUAUCCUCAAAGGAUAGGUUUCCUCACUCAAAGUAUGCAAGAUAGGGUGUCAGCCACCAUGGCUCAAUUGGAGGAUGCAAAUACUAUGGUAACGAAAUUGCAAGAGAGCAUUGAAAAUGAAUGGCAGGUUAAGACUCAUGAUUUAAGUGAUGAGCUUGCAACUGAAGAGCUUAAAGUAACACAGCUCGAUGCAGAACUUCAAGCACUACACCUCACGCUCAGGGACAAGGCAGCAAGGGUUGUCGAUCUUGAGACCAACAUGCAGGAUUCCCUCAGAGAUAAGGAAGCAGAUAUUAAACGUCUCCGCGCGUUGGGUGAUGAAGUCAGUCGUCUAAAAUUUCAGCUAGCCGACAAUCAGUGCAAGAGCGUUCUAGAACUAUCCGGAAAUGUCGAGCAUUUAAACAAAAAAAAUAUGGAGCUCCAAGAAAAGAUGCGGGAACUAGAAGUGCUCAAUCAACAACAAGAAUGCACUUUAGUGGAAUUAACUGGGCGUCUCGACGAGGAACGGGCAAGCAAAGCAAAUUCGCAGGACGAAUUAGUUCAGUUACGCCGGGACUUGGCAAAAGCUUGUGGAAACCCUGCCAGACGCAUAACUUUUCAAAUGGCCUCGCAAGUCAGACCACACCUGACCCGAAGAGAGUACGAGUCUUUGAUGGUCGACGCCGUUAACGACAUGGAUGUUGUAGAUUUACAAAAUGUGGUCAAAAAUUUGAUCCUGCUGCUUGAAAUUCCGCUUUCCAAGAUAACUAAAAAGAUGCCCUUAGUGGCGAUCUACCUUCGCUAUGAAAAGAGCAUCUGUCUACAUUUCGCCAACAAGUUGCACAAUAUGAUAUUUCGUGAAACCAUAGAUAUCAAGCGAUUCACAAACUCCACUUACGCUCAAUAUCAAGAAAAUCAUGAUAUAUGCCAUUUGGAGCAUCCACUCGAGGCAUGUUUGGACAAUCUGUACAGGGCCGUUAGCUCCAGAAUGGUAUCAUCACCAUGA